GUCUCUCUGCACACCGAACAUCCUGCUCUCACGCUCUACAUUCAUUUCGUAUCGGUUCUCGAGCUUCUGAUCACGAUUUCUCACGACCCCUCUGACGUCCCGCUCGAACUAGACGAUUCAACUGGCACAAACACGCACGCACAGCACAUUCCGCAUCGAUCGCGACAUCAAGAGCUACAUUCGCUCAACUCGGACGACAAGAACAAAAAUACAGCGAGACUGAAGUCAAACGAGACGAAAAUGCUCAAAAGAUGCAUGUCUUUUGUAGCGGUGGCUGUGAUAGGGCUGUCGAGCUUGGUCGGGCGGGUAGAGGGAGUCAAGUUUGAGAUGACGGCGAGGGCGUACCCGGAGACGAGUGAGUGCAUCUGGAACUUUGCAAACGCCCACACGCUCGUUAUCGUGACUGCAAACGUCUCACCUGGAACUUCGAGCCCCGCAGGCGGACAGCUCGAUCGGAUAGACGUCGAGAUUGUCGAUGGGAGUCACAAGGGGAACGUCUAUCUCGCCAAAAAGAACAUCAAGGGAGAGACUAGGUUGGCCAUCACGACGCACGAGAUGGCAGAGGUCGGUGUCUGCCUGAGGCACACUCUGGAACCUUCAUCUUCUUCUUUCAGCCAUGGAGAGUUGACGAGGAUCAUCGAUCUCGACGUGGACAUCGGGUCAGACGCCGUAGACUACAACGCUAUCGCCAACCAGGAAUCACUGUCGAUCCUCGAAGUAGAGAUGCUCAAGCUAGAGGGGGUGGUCAAGGAGAUUUCGGACGAGAUGGACUACCUCAAACGGAGGGAAGAGCGGAUGAGGGAUACCAACGAAUCGACUAAUGCUAGAGUCCAGAACUUUGCAAUAUUCACGAUCAUCGUCCUAAUUGCCCUAGGGGUAUGGCAGAUCUUGCAUCUGAGAUCCUUCUUUAAGCGAAAAUACCUGAUCGACUGAAUGUCGCCGAGUGUCGUCCGAGGUUUCGGAAAUGUCGUAACGAUGAUUGUUGAUGAUGCAUGAUCUCACGAAGAAGAAGCGCCCAGACUACCGGCGCAACUGCGCUUCUCCUCAACAGCCUCGAGGCUGGACGGUCGUAUAGAGACAUGUCGGCGUUGACUAUGAGCCAUGAGGGAUAUGCGUUUGUCGAUUUACGUGUUGAUCUUGGCGCGACCUGAUCAGCCCGGGGCUCAUUACGAUCAUCAUACUACUAUUCCCCUCUUGCUACCAUCAUGAUCUAACAAUCCCAU